CCAGUCUCCAGGCCCCAGGGAAGGGCUGCCUCCCCUCACCCCUGGCCCAGGCUUCCCACUCCCCAUGACACCUCCCACUCCCCACUGUGGCCGGGGUGGGCUCAGGGGCUGCCCUUGGCCUGGCCUAAAGCCCUCUGCCAGCUGGUGGUGGAGCUGGCACCCUCUGGGAGGGAGGGCGCUGGCAGGAAGUGAGUGGGAAUGGCGGGAGGCCAGGCUUUGGUGGGAGCAGGUCGAGGCAGGUUUGGUUUCCUAAAAAUGCCAAGUCGGGGGCCAGCGGGGCAAACAUAUAAAUCCUCACCCUGGGAGCCUGGGUGCCUUGCUCUCCUUCCUGGGUUUCUCUCCGCCACCUGAUCUGCUGCAGGUCCACGAUGUGCAGUCCCCUGGAGCAGGCACUGGCUGUGCUGGUCACCACCUUCCACAAGUACUCCUGCCAGGAGGGCGACAAGUUCAAGCUGAGUAAGGGGGAGAUGAAGGAACUGCUGCAGAAGGAGCUGCCCAGCUUUGUGGGGGAGAAGGUGGAUGAGGAGGGGCUGAAGAAGCUGAUGGGCAACCUGGAUGAGAACAGUGACCAGCAGGUGGACUUCCAGGAGUAUGCUGUUUUUCUGGCCCUCAUCACUGUCAUGUGCAAUGAAUUCUUCCAGGGCUGCCCAGACCGACCCUGAAGCAGAACUCUUGACUCCCUGCUGUGGAUCUCUUGAGCCCAGGACGCUCGAUGCCUUUGAGUUUUGUAUUCAAUAAACUUAUUUUUUAUCUGUUGUUAAUA